AUGAGCAUCUCUGUUACCUUCAACCUUUUCGCCAGCAUUAUGAUCUUCGCGACGCUUCUCUCCGGCACAUGCCAGGCCGCUGGAACUCGCGGAGCUCCCCGCCAGCUUCAGGCGUGUGAACAAAACCUUUCUAUCGAGAUCGUCUGCCACGAAGAAGGAUGCGGGUUGUCAGCAGAAGCGCCACCGUCCGCAAUGAAUGUGGGAGUGGAUGUUCGAAUCCAGAAGCUGAACCAGGCUACGACGUGGACGUUGAAGCGAGUGACAAUGGCAACCAGUGGUCUUCCAGCCUUUGACGAUCUGCACAUGGAACCCGGUCAAGACAUCCAGUUUGAGAAUCCCACCGUCUUGGACUGGUCUGUGGAACUCAAGGCCAAUGACAGCGAUCACUUUUAUGCGCUGGCAACGGCCACAGCAGAAUCGCCCACAGGAGACAAGUGUGUCGUGAGCGCCACCUACGAGUACUUUGUGUAG